UUACAGCCUGCAUACAGUGGGAGAAAAUUGCUAGAAAACAUGAGCACUUUGGACUGAGUUAUGUGGGAGAGCUGAAUAUGAUUAAAGAAUGUGAGACUAUAUGCAGGGAAUCUCAGUGGGAUAGUCUGAAGAUCAAACAAGCAAUAGUUACUGCUCCUAGGAACGUGAGCAUUUAGCCCUUAUUGGAAGAUUUAACACCAGAUCAAUCGCAUCAGUUAAGAACAUUAUCCUCUCCAGAGGUCGAAGAAUCCACAUAAGCCUGUCAUGAAUAUAAAUAAAAAUAUUCCUAAUUAAUUCAUUGGAUGUUCUGAAGUUCACAGAAAGUUAGGAUCUCUUCUGAAGUAAGAGACAUGAAAAAACAAACCCCUCAUGUCAGAGUGAUGGCUCAAAGAAAUAAAUCUGCGGCAGAGGACAGUGCUGACAAAAAUCGGGGAAGUUGCUGUGAAAAAGUUAACAGAGAAAAUGCCACUUGUAGUCAUGAAAGUACAGUUGUAAAACUGCCAGUAAUAGCAUCAUUUGCAGGUACCACUAAAAAAAUCCUAAUGGUCAAGCACCCAGCACCACCUCAGAAGCCAAGUUACUGCAGGUCUAAUGUUCAUGUUAAUAGCUUCCCUAUCUCAUUGGAAAAGACAAAAGCUGUUAGCAAAGUAAAGGAUAGAGUGCAUAUGCUACAGAUGGAUCUGCAGAAUUUAAAAAGGGAUAAAACUGGAGAAAGAGAUACUGCGAUUAUAGAUAGUGAUGAAUUUAGCUCUACAGAGUCUGAUACAAGUAAAAGCUCUUCAAGAAAGGGAAAAACAACCUGGAAAAGCUGUAAGAAGCGAAGCAGAGUGAUUUCAAAAGCAAAGCAGCAAGAUUUAGGUGUUGGAUUGGGAAGGGUGCUGAGAAAAGGAAGCAAGCAGCCAAGUGUGAGGUCUGCUCAAGAACAGUUGGAAGAGGCAAGAGAUGUGACUAGACCAGACACUUCAAAAAUAUAUGAGAACUUCCAGCAGAGCAAACCUGAAGAGCCUACUUCCACACCAGCAUUGCCUGUGAAAGUGGUUGCAAGGUCUAUUGAUGAAAUAAUUGCUUCCCUGCAGUCUACUUCUCCAUCUCCCUCAGACCAGAUGAUCAAAGAACUCCUGGAGAGUGUUCUUGGCCAGAACUACAACAUAAAAAUGGAAGCACCAACUGAACAUGAGGAAAUGAAAACUGAAUCUCAAGUCCUACCAAGUUUUCACCAAGCAAGCCUGAAGACACCAGUAGUUCAGAAAGAAUUUCAAGCAGCAGAAAAUGAAUCUCUACCUAAAGAUGACCUCUUAACAUAUAAGAAGCAGGUUCCAUCCUUGGAUUUGCUACAGGUGGAAGGAAAAGCAAUGUCAAAAAUUAAACCAGAUGAAGUUCAGAAAGAGCUACAAGAGGAAAAUGAUUUGCAACAAUCUGUGCCUUCUCAGGCUUCAAAUGUCAAAGGUCAACAUUAUCAAGGCAUUCAUCGUCUAUGUACUGCUUUUCCUAGUUUUAUAUUGCCUCCUUAUUUACAACUGAUUUCUAGAGUUUAUCAUACUUCAGACAGAAGAGGUCACAAUAUCUUAUUUACAGCAGAGGACACAGACAAUAAGGAGGAAGAACCAAUGUGUUCCAAAUAUAUUUACUUGAAUGAGGAAGCUGAAAGGAAAAGAAUUUGUUAUGAAGGAGUUCCUAUUUCAGAGCAAUUCCAGAAUAAUCGGACAGAUGGGAUUCACGUUCUUCCCCCUCAUACAUCAAAAAGCCUAACUGAAUGCCAAAAAGUAGCUGAAUAUUGUCUUAAAAAGCCACAACUGCAUCUGUUAGGGGAGAAAGUUUCAAUUUAUCCGGAAGCUUUAAAAAUGUUUUGGGCUCCAGCUCCACCAAAAUUGUCUGCUCCAAUUGGUUCAUUAAAGGAAAUUUUAUUUCCUACAUAUGAGACAAAAAGUUUACGGAGAAUAUGCCAAUCCUCACCUGAUUUUUCUGACAGUGAGAGCUCAAAGACAAGUUUGAUUAAAGGAUCAGUAUCAGCUCUGGAGAUGACUGCUUUCAAAGGUGAAACUGCAUUAAAUAUGUCAGCUAAUUUCAAAACCAGCAUGAAAGAGUUGAAGGUUAUGAAGCAACGGAUAGCUGAACCAGAGGUUGAGACAGAGCUCAGGAAAAGCUCCCCUACCAAGCAUCUAUUGAAUCAAAUCUGUGAGGAUCCUCAGUCAAUGCAGACAGACAUACCAGUAGAAAAAAUGCCUACUUUGACUGGACAAGAGGAUAGUGAGAAUGACAUUGUUCUUGUGGAGCAACCUCAAAAGGCUGGGAUUAAAUACACUGCUGUCCCAAGAAGAAAGGAAACAAAGAAAACAAAGAAAAGAAUAAACCCUAGAAAAUUAGAAGCUGUGAUUAAGAAAUUAAGUCAACCUGCAAAGAUUCUUAAAAGGUCUGUGUCUCUGAGAAGUCUCCCUGUUCAUGAUAAACUCAGUAUCAAGGUGUCUCCAGCAAUCAAACAAUAUCAGAGCCGCAGCAUCCCUUGUUUGUUAGAUUUUGAAAAGUUUGCAAGACUGAAGGGUGGAAUUCCAAAAGAAACUUCUGCUCACGUGUGGGUCAGUGGAAUAUGGAACUGCUGGUUUGAUGAAACUUUCCCUUCUAGCAGGGCUGCUUCUGAGGACAAGGAUACUGAAUUACUAAAAGGAACUGAAACAGUGGAUUCUCAAGAAGCAAAUCUACAAAUAGAACUAGUUGACUCAAUAAAGCCUGUUCUUGAAGAUGCUACAGUUAGUAUUGAAGAUUUAGAAAAAGAAUUAAGACAACUGACUGAGCUAAUAGAAAAGGAAGAGCAUCCUUCAGCUUCUCACUACUGCAGGCGUGGAGCAAUACAAAUAAAGUUAGGCAAGUUAAAGUCAGCCAUGGAUGACUUGGAAAAAGCUAUAAGUUUAGAACCACUACUGCUUAAUGCUUACUGGAAUAGACAUUUGAUUUACCUAUCUAAAGACAGAAUUUCUGCUGCUUUGGAUGACCUGAAUUUUAUAACCAAAUGGAGCAAAAAUAAAGCAGAUACAUACGUGUCAAUGGCUGAAAUUUACAGGAAACAAGGUAAUAAUACACUGGCAAUCAUCAGUUACAGCUCUGCAAUAAAAUGCAACCCUACAGAUGAUGAUGUUUAUUUUAGGAGAGCUGAGUUGUAUUUUGAGGAAAAUCAAUUCUUAUUGGUCAUGGAUGAUUAUGCAAAAUGUUUUCAGUAUAACCCAAAAAGAACAGAUGCACUUAUGAAACAUGGAAUGCAUUUCUUUGACUAUUCAAUUUUGACUACAGCUAUUCGAGAUUUUACAGCUGUGAUCAAUGAAGACCCCAGCAACGCUCAGGCAAGGCUGUAUCGAGGAAGAGCAUAUGCUAAGCAGCAACAGUAUAGAAAUGCAAUACAAGACUUGGCAGCUGCAGUUCAUCUAGACCCUUCUUGCUGGUCAGCAUUCUACUAUAGAGGUUGCAUACUACGACAAGUUGAUCCAAAAGGAGCUGUGCAGGACUUCAGUGUUUCUGUACUCAUCAAUGACACUCAGCAAAACUUCUGUUCUUUUCUUCAUCGUGGGAUUGUUUACUCAGAACAGUGUCAAUGGUCACUGGCAAUCUGUGACUUUGAAAGUGCCCUAGCUUUGAACAGCUCUGUCACCUUUGCUUACCUAAAUAUUGGUUUGAUACUGCUGUUGCAUCUCAAUCGGUACCAUGAAGCUAUUCAACAGUUUACUAAUGUCAUCAAAAUAGAUCCUCUCAAUGUUCAGGCCUAUGUAUGCAGAGCGCAAGCAUAUCAUAAGAUACAUAAUUUUUCAAAUGCUCUGAAGGAUAUAAACCGAACCAUUCAUCUUUAUCCAGAUAAAUCACAACUUUGCAUAUUAAGGGGACAGUAUUUAAUGGAGUUGAAGAAAUAUGAGCUGGCAAGUUUAUGUAUUCAUCAACUUGCAGAAAUGCAUGAAGAAUCCUUUGCAUCUCAGCCUGUUCAGCAAGCACUCAUUCAGUCAUUUUGUCAAAAUCACAAUAAGGCCAUAGAGUGCUUACUUGAAGCUACUGCUACUCAACCUGAGCCUUCAAUGUUUAUUAUUUUAGGAAAAAUACAAAUGAAAGCCAAGAAAACUGAGGAUGCUGAGAUAAGUUUUAAAAAAGCUAUGAAGCUCCUGAAGACCUCAGCAAAAACCCUGCCUAAUACAUUUGAGGCUGCAGAAAUAUAUUAUCUCACAGGCCUGUGCUACAUGGAGCAAAAAAGUUUAUUACAGGCCUGUGAUGCUUUUAGUAUGGCUAUUCGACUACAUUCAAGUUACCCUGAUGCUUUUUAUCAGCGAGGGCUGUGUAGAAUGCAGCUUGGACAAGCUAAGUGCAUCCAAGACUUCAGUCAAGCACUUGCUCUUUGUCCAUCACAUUUCCAGGCAUAUAUGAGUCGUGCUGCUUACUAUGGAAGUAAAGGUAGAUACUCUAAGGCAAUACUGAAUUGCAAUGAGGCGAUCAAAAUUCUUCCUAACAGUGUGCAAGCUUAUUUUUACCGAGGAACUCUGAAGUGUCAAAAUAAGGCAUUUAAAGCUGCAAUUGAAGACCUUUCAAAAACUAUUGACCUCAACAAAAUCUGCAUUUUGGCAUAUUAUAACAGAGCUGUCUCUUAUCAUCAAAUAAAGGACUUCAGAGAGGCUUUGAAAGAUUAUGGAAUUCUCCUUCUGCUUGAAUUGAAUAAGGAAAUAAAUUUUAAAGUGUUAAUUAAUCGUGGACUGCUCUACAUGGAACUUGAUGAUUAUGCUAAUGCUUGUGAGGACUUUAAAGAAGCAGUGUUGCUUAGUCCAGAUGACAGCCAGAUCUUUCAAGCUAUUGGAAUCUGCUAUCAUAGACUUCAUGAGCCUGAAGAAGCUGUGAGAUCAUUUGACCAGGUUCUCAAACUAGAUCCUGUUUCUGUGGAUGCCUAUGUUGGACGAGGAAAUUCAUACAUGGAAAAAGGGGAUGAAGCUGGUUGUAAACGAGCACAGAAAGAUUUCUUGAGAGCAGUUCACCUGAAUCCAAAGUGUGUAAAAGCCAGGAUUUGCUUAGGAUACAACUUGCAGGCCCUUGGAAAGCUUCAGAGAGCAUGGAGCCAAUUUACAGUUGCCAUUUGCAUUGAUCCAAAAUGCCAUGCUGCAUACGCUGGACGAGCUUCAGUCUGUCUUCAAAGUGAUGAAACGUUUGCUGCAUUUCAAGAUACAAAUACUGCACUAAAGCUCACUACCACUGCUGCGCUGCUAACAAAUAGGGGUGUCAUCAAUCAGUUAAUGGGAUAUCUGCCCUAUGCCAUGAAGGACUAUCAACAAGCAAUUUCUGUUGACCCAAACUAUGCAUUAGCCUAUUUCAAUGCAGCAAAUAUCUACUUCAAUAAUCAACAGUUUUCACAGGCUUAUUGCUAUUAUUCCAAGGUAUUAGAACUUGAUCCAAGAAAUGAAUCUGCUGUUAUAAAUCGUGCUAUUACAAAUACGUUAUUAAACAAUAUUGAAGAAGCAAAAGAAGACUUUGAGAAGGCAGUAUGUCUCUGCCCAUUCUCUGCAGCAGUGUAUUUUAACAGGGCAAAUUUCUAUAAUGGAUUGAAGCAAUAUGAACUAGCUGAAAAAGACAUUUCAACAGCAUUGUCUAUUCAGCCUAAUGAUGCCUUGAUGUAUAAAUUUAGAGCUGGUAUUCGUGGUAAAUUGGGUUUCAAUAAAGAGGCUGUAGAAGACUACAAACAAGCAAUCACCAUUCAAGAACAGAUUGAUUCCAUGUGA